UAGACGUUUGGAUGGAGGACGCCGGGCGGCCUGCUCAAUACUCACGGAGGAUGGACUCGGGCCGCAGUGGAAGUAUCUGUAGGCGAUUCAUAAAUGGCUCUUGCAGAUAUGGUCCACGGUGCAAUUAUCGUCAUGAGUGGCCAGUUAUACCAUCGGCCCAAAUAUGUAGGCACUAUCAGAAAGGUGGAUGCUGGUUUGGUGAACGCUGCAGGUUUCUCCAUGUCCUUCAGCCUGAAGGUGAUGUAGCAGUUGCGAGUAGAAGAGGUUCAGUACCGACUGUCGUCUCCUCCUCCCACGUGGCUCACACUCACCUUGGCAGGCGAGAGUCUGAGCCUGCUCUUCUGCAGACUGGGGUGAUGUCCAGGCAGGAAUGCAGCAGAUCAGGGAAUGUGACAAAUCCUCAACACAACGCUGGGCGCCUGGUAUUGGAUAUUACUGAGGAACAAUCACAAGAUACUGAGUCUCCUCAAACUCCUCGUCUGGAAUCCGGCCCCAGCUCAGACGUUGUGUCUGCAGGAGCAUGUGACGGACAAAAUGAGCAGACCUCUUCAACUGCGACAGAGCAAGUGGCUGCAGCAGCAGCCUGUGGUACCCAGGUGGAAGUGGAGGAAAUGGAGGCUUUUUUCCAGAGUAAAGAUGUAACCUGUGGCAUCUGCAUGGACAAGGUGUAUGAAAAGAUGAAUCCUGCCGACAAAGUUUUUGGAAUAUUACCAAACUGCAAUCACUCCUUCUGUUUACAAUGCAUAAUGACCUGGAGGAAAACGAAGGACUUUGGUCCGAAUGUGGUAAAGAGCUGCCCACAGUGUCGAGUGAGGUCUGCCUUUUAUGUGCCACACAAAUACUGGGUUGAUGGACAAGCAAAGGAGAAUGUAAUUGCUGCCUUCAAAGAGAAAUGCAGUAAGAGAAGCUGCAGUUACUACGCACGGUACAGAUGUUGUCCCUUCAAAACAGAGUGCCUUUAUCAACAUAAACCUACGCGUCGCAGAUCAUAUCCGCAUCCGACAGAAGACGAAGAUGAAUGCGAUGGUUUGGAUCUGCUGAACUUCUUCUUAGCCAUGACUCUUCUCAGUGGUGAUGACGAUGAUGACUUUGACAAUGACUUUCCUUUUUAUCUCUCUGAGGUGUAUGAAUACUGAGAAUUUUUUUUUCGUUCUUUUUGUCAGUGCCUGAAACCACUGAAUGGGGCCUUAACUUGUGCGUAAUCAUUGGCCCCAGGAGAACACAGUUGUGUUUUGACUCUUCUGUCCUCCUCGUAUGAGUAUUACAGCAACACUUGAGUAGCCGCGAUUAGAACCAGGGAAAUUAACCACGUACCGUGGGGCACCGAGUAUGUCCAUGCGUUCGGUUAAUCUGUCUGCGUCUGGUGAUUCGACCACAGAAGUAAUCUGUGAAAUUAGUUUCUAAAAACUGUUGCUGCUUGGAAAAGAGAAUGUUUACACUUAUUGCUUCAUGGCACAUGGUUUAUUGCCUGUGGUCAAGAAGUAAGCAUCCCAGAUAGAAGUUUGAGAUUUGUGCUGCCUCUAAUUUGUGUUUAACCUGUGACAUUCUGAUUAAGGCCUUAAUCUCCUCCCAUGGCCAUGGUGCUUCCCAACAUGUUGCAGGUUGUCAAAUUCUGCUUAAACCACUCUUGAUGAUUAGUGCUCAUUUCUACAUGCUCUUUUCUCCUAGCAACUUGUACCAUUUUGAUAUUUUAAAAGUGUUGUGUGGAUGGUAGUUUUAAUUGUCUAAACAUAAAAAGUGUACUGUACCCUUCUACCUAAUGUCCACUACCAAUGAUGCCUUCCUUUUGAGUGGUAGUAAUGACGCUCUGUUUCUGGUUUUGAUAGGAACACAAAAUGUUAAGAUUUUAUCUCUUUUAAACAAGUUGUACUUGUACACAGAAAAUAAAACAUUGCUUCACACAUUG